UUAUACGCGCUUUUCCCCAUUUGUUUAUGAAAUUCAGAUUCCUGUUGUUUUUGAAAAAAUAAAAGCAAUUAAAUCAACUGAAAUGUCCGUCUGUAGUGCAGCUGAAGUAGCAGAAAAAAGACGCAUAGCAUUGGAGAAAUUAGCGGCCAAGAAACAACGUUUGGCCAACUCCGUCGCAACAGAACCCAAAGUGGGACCCACUACGCAAAUUCAGCCACGAACGGCUACAGCCGGCAUACCACCGAAUACGUUUUUCAAGCAGCAAAACCAUGUGCCACAACAGCAAAAUACUGCACCGAAACCCACAACUGCUGCGCUCAACUUCCUAAAUGAUCUGAAACGCAGUAACAUUGGAAGCUAUGCCAAUAAAGCAAGGGAUGCAACGCAUCCUUAUCAACAUAAAGGAUUUUCCAACAAGUCGAAUAAUACUCGUACACAAUCACUAAAAUUGAAUUCCGAACAAAAACAACAACUUGCGCCUGUUUUUACCACAAAAGUGAGCUGUAAAUUAUAUAUGAUAAACAAAGCUCGGUUUGUCGUACAACCUUCAUGUUUUCACGGAAAACUGAUUGAUGUUUUUAAGAGUAUACCGUCAAAAUAUUAUGAUAAUAACAAACACAUUUGGAGUUUUGGGCUAAAAGAUUAUGAACUCUUGCAAGAACGCGUAUCAGGCAUGUAUCCCGAUGUCGUCAUAGGCACGAUUCCAAAAAGUGUAAUCUCACUUUGCCGCGCACCGGCGGUGGAAACCGAUAGAUCAUGUUUAGCUUCAAUUGAGCCAAAAUUGGCGCAGAAACUAAUGCCAUUUCAACAAGAAGGUGUUUGUUUUGCUAUUGCAAAUCAUGGCCGCCUUAUGAUAUGUGAUGAAAUGGGUCUUGGAAAAACAUAUCAAGCUUUAGCUGUGGCUGACUUUUAUAAAGAAUCCUGGCCAUUAUUAAUUUGCACCACCGCUUCUAUACGUGAAUCUUGGUCAAAGCAUAUAUACGACCUUCUACCACACGUUCCUGUGCAUUACACACAAACACUAAUGAGUAAUCAACAAUAUAUCGGUGAUGCAAAAAUUCUCAUUACCAGCUACAAUAUGAUGGAUAAGCAUGUAGAGAAGCUUUUGCAAUGUAAAUUUGGUUUUAUAAUUUUUGAUGAAUCUCACACUUUGAAAAAUUCAAAAACCAAAUGCGCUAUGGUGGCCGAGCGUUUGACCAAGCAAGCGCGGCAUGUAAUUUUGCUCUCCGGCACACCGGCGCUGUCGAGGCCACUGGAGCUAUUUACACAAAUUCACUUGAUUGACCGCAAAUUUAUGACAUAUAUGGAAUACACCACCCGUUACUGUGAUGGCAAGCAAAGCCACUUUGGCUGGGAUGCCUCAGGGCAAUCGAAUUUAGAGGAAUUAAAUGUGGUGCUAAAACUAAAAUUUAUGAUAAGGCGUACAAAGGAAGUUGUUCUACCACAAUUAGCUGAGAAACAUCGCGAAACAGUUGUCUUAGAUCCCGCGCUCUUAACAAUCAACAACGAUGCAAAACAUAAUCUAGAAGCACUUAGUAAGGAUUUCUCAUCAAGUAAAGGGCGUGAGCGUGAAGAAAUACUGCUUAAGUUUUACUCAACAACGGCAGAAGUUAAAACGCGUGCUGUUUGUGCCUACCUCAAGAAUUUAGUAAAAGAUAAAAUCAAAUUCAUUGUCUUUGCGCACCAUCGUACAAUGUUAGAUGCGAUUACUGAAUGUUUAUACAAAUUAAAUAUUAAUUUUAUACGCAUUGAUGGCAGUACAAAAAAUGAAAUCCGAGCGGAAAAUAUUGAUAAAUUUCAAACCAAAUCCUCGUGCCAAGUAGCUGUGCUCUCCUUGCGCGCUUGUAAUGCUGGCAUCACGCUAACAGCUGCUGAAAUGAUUGUUUUCGCUGAAUUGGAUUGGAAUCCGAGUACCUUAGCACAGGCUGAAAGUCGCGCACAUCGUAUAGGCCAGGAUAAACCAAUUAUUUGUCGUUACCUAAUGGCUGCCAAAACGGCAGACGAUGUUAUAUGGAACAUGCUGAAAAAUAAACAGGAAGUCUUAAAUCGAGCUGGUCUCUUUUGUGAAGAUUUGCAAGAUGCUACACACACUGCGGCGCCUACUGGGUCUCACAGCAUCGAAAAAUACUACUCACCGAUAAAGAAGGAUAUCCAAGCAAUUAAUAAUAAUGAGCGUGUUACCGAAAACUUUGAACCCAAGCACACCUCAAGCGCAUCUAAUGAUGCUGCAAAAAAGUUGGAUUUGAGUAAAGAGUUGGAAAAUAUCGAAGAUGUCUUUAUGGAUGACGAUGAUGAUGACGCUUUCAGGGAUCUGAUGUGUUAAACGUGAUAUAUAUAUAUUGUAUUAUUAUAAAUAAGAGCGGAUUGUAUUCAGAAAUGUUAGUUACGUAAUAAUAGGCAACGCAUGUGUUUUGUGUAAUGUUGUUGGCGGUUUUUCUAUUGAUUAUAGCGCAAAAUGCGUGCCCUAAAUAAAUAUACAAAGUUCGUAGUAUCAAAUAUGUAGAAAUUUCUAUUUAAUAAAAUACUUUCCCUACCGU